GGACAUUACGCGGGCAGACAGAGCGGUGUUCGAACGCUCCCUCAUCGUAUCAUUCAAACAUGAAACGCGAAAGCGGCGACUUACGUCCGAUAACAGACAACUUUUAAAUUUCGAACAUAAAACUUGUGACUAAAAGUGCCAGUGUGUUAAAUUACAAACUCUUUGUUGAAGUGCCAAAUAUGUGAGAGACUAGUUUUGUUAGAAUCGUUUUUGGAGCAAAUUUAAAAUCUUAUCUUUUGCGGGGUUGAUGACUUUUUGAACUCAUUAACGUAAAAUUUAAAUAACAAUGUUCUCGAUUUAAAGAAAUCAUUCUCAUUCUAUUAAAUUAAGUAUUUAAGAAGAUAAAAUUCGUUAUGUGAAAGAGGAAAUGAUGGAAAUCAUCAAAAUGAAGUUCUCCGCGUUGAUUGCAUUGUGCGCAAUAACAUCGGCGUACGACAUCACACAGCUGAAGGUGCCGCUGUAUGCAGAUCCCCGACGUGCGGCCGAACUGAGCUGCCAUUUUCAAAUGGACGACGAAAAACUCCACUCCGUCAAGUGGUACCGGGAUAUGAACGAGAUUUUCCGGUACAAUCCGUCUCAGAAGCCGCCAAUACGACUGUUCAAUAUAACGGACAUCAUGGUACAAGGCGGAAAAUGUGAGGUAGACUCUUGCAUGGUCCGAGUUAUGCCUCCACCCAUAGCUACGAGAGCCGCAUACACUUGUGAAGUAUCAACGGAAGGGCCAAAGUUCUUUAUUGCGAGAAAGACAAAACAUAUGACUGUUGUUGCCAUACCGGAAAUGGAUCCUGUCAUAAUUGGAGCUCCGAAAGUACUGAAGCCGGGGGAACAGAUAUUCCUAAACUGCACGUCGGAUUACUCGUUGCCACCGUCCGAUAUUAAUUGGUACAUCGAUGAUGAGUUUCAAAAGCCUGAAGCGUGGCAACGGACGGAACAGAGUGCGCCCCAGCCUGGAGGUCUGCGUCGAUCGUGGCGCGUACUCCGAUUGCGAGUUCCACCGACGGCAAGCGGCACGAUCAGAGUGAGAUGCGAAGCGAUCCUGCUUGUCGAGCCGCCGGUCGUGCGAGACGCCAAUAUCAUCAUCACUAUACAUUCUCGUACGCAACCUUCAAAAUACGUCUCGAAUAGUGUAGGUACUAAUAAAUAUUUGAAUGAAGUGUUACUGCUCACUAUAAUAUGGACUAUCAAACAUAUAUUGAGGUUUGUUCUUAUCUAAUAAGAUUCAAAUUGGAGUAAGUUGUAAUUAUAAUAUUAAUUGUAAACUAAACAUAUAAAUGUCAGUAGAUACAAACAGCGUAGCGUUACAAAAAAGAUUAUUUGUGAAAUAUUAUGAUUACAUCUGAAUGUUUUUAGUUAGUGGUAUUAUUUAUUUACUCAUGCAUUCCAAAAUUCAUUUCAAAAAAAUAAUUAAUAAAUAAACGUGCGGAGUUUAGAUUCCUGGCUUCUUAUAGAUAUAUAAAGAUGUCAAAUUUUCCAAUAUAAAAAAGUGGAUUGUUAUUUUCUAUUGGAUGAGAGCUUUAAUUGUACAAAACGAAGUUUUGUUAUAAUUUCAUGUAGAACAUUUGUGAGAACUGAAAAAAAAAACAUGUUUAUUCUGUGAUUCUAAGUUGUGCGUGAGAAAAUCCUUAGCUUUUAAAAUCCUUAAGAUCUCAAUUUCUUAGAUUAUUUACUUCGGAUGAUACAACAUAAUAAUAUGAAUUAUCGAAUCCCGACAAUUUCAUACACAGCUCGCGUCCUUGUUACACCAGCAAGUUGUUGACCCAAGUUUUCAAAUCACGACGUGAUCCGUGAUUUGUGUUGAAAAUCAUAUACCUAUUUACAUAUAAGGGGAGCGUUAAACAUAAGAAUACAUUUGAGUUUGGAUAAGAAUUUUUAUAUAGAAAUGUAAAUUUUGAGGAGUUUCCGUUAAAAGUGUUGUUUAAGCUUUUAAAAGUAAUAUUUAAUUAUUCUUCUUCUAAAGAGGUAAAAUUAGAAGAAUACGUGCUCAAUGAAUGAUGAAUUGCCUACUAUGUUAUUUUUUAUGAGAAAGAGUCCCUGAAGUUUUAACAUACGCACCAAUGAACCCGUUAUGUUAAGGGAAUGCUCUCGACAAAAACCUUAAUCAGUUGAUGUCGUGCUUUAGUUAAGAAUAUUAAAAUAUUUCAUUAAAGACAUAUAACUUGCAUUGGGCACUCCUCAUUUGAUAGAACGCGGAGAGACAUAAUAAUGUGAAUAACGUUUAAUUUAUUAAAAAAAAAAAACACUCAUAAGAUUUCAUGUAACGCUACGCAUUGAUGUAAUUUCAAAUAAAAUCUAUAAAUACCCCAUAGAAUCUUAAAUUGAUGCAAUAUGAAGAUAAAAAUUAUUUUUUGUACAUUCUGUAUUAAAUUUUAGCAAUUAGCGAAUUGCUGUUGAUUAACAAUAAAUAUUAAAAGCAUAGAAAAAAUAAUAAAAAUUCAAAGAAAUUAAUUGCAUUUUUUGAAAAUUACAUUACAUUCAUCCGUAACUUUUAAUGUAAUAUUGCGAAACAAAUUCACAGCAGCAAAAUUGAAACAAAUGAAUUGUUACUGAAUGUUAAUGUAAUAACAAAUUGAAUAUAAAUUAUCUCUUGAAGCAUUUUACUAACACAAAUACACAACUUGGAUACAUACAACUACACACGAGAAGAAUCGGUGGAAAAAUUUAUUUCUUUGCUUCUAAUACAAAGUGUAAUUAUCACCAAUCAUUUCAGAAUCCCGAAGAGAACCGCAAUUUCGUAGCUUUUCAGAGUGUGAUUAGUUUCGUAAAUAAUACUCAGACAACAGAAUAAGGUAGACGUUGUCGAGAAAUACAUGAUGUCGUCCAUAUUGAAACAGUUAUGAAAGAAUUUAUAUUAAUGCAAAAAAAUACCAAGCUAAUCAAUUAAUGAUAAGUUUCGAAAAGCACACUAAGCUGAACAAUCGAGCCGUUUCUCAUUAUUAUUUUUAAUCAAAUGUUUUCAAUUAUACUACACAAGAGCCUGGCCAGAGCCACGAGACAGUUGUGCGUACUGGUUUGAGGGGUAAAACAGUAUUUAUAUAAUAAAGCUUGAGCUUCCUACCUCUCGUCUCAAGGCUGGGUAGUUAUGGGCCAACACAACACCAAAUGCUACAGACCCAGGUAGACAAAGCAGGUAUCCUUGGCUAGGGGUGCUAAGCGAGGAGGUUUCUCACUCUGAAGAGCCACUCACUUGUGGCUUGGGUAGUAGAAAUCGUCACCGGUGGCGAUAUACCGGGAAAUUAUAAUAUUAUGUUCCUUUAGGUGUACAUUUUAAUCCUUUUAAAAUAUAUUUAUUUUUGAUAUUUUUUUGCUGAAGUAAAUAAGAGUCUGGGAAUAUCUAAUAAUCGUUUGAAUUAAUUGAAGAUAAUUUAAGGUUAGAUGAAUUAAUUCUUCGGCUGCUAACGUAAUUAAUUAAACUUACUUUACUUUGUUACGUCUACCUUAAUCUAAGCUUCUGACGAAUAAUAUUAUUAUUCAUAGGCGUUAAUCUAUGGCUGUGUUUCACUUAAGAUAAUGUCAAUUCUUUGCACGACAUCAUCUAUAACUAUAUUGUACAGUACACGAAAGGUUUAUUUGUUAAUUAAUAAGUAUUGUGAAAAUAAAUGGGAAUACGUAAAUAAAAUUUCGAAAACUA